AUGCCGCCACGUAUAACCACUGUAUGUUCUGCCCACAGCACAGACAAUUUCAGCUAUAAAAAAGGAUUGAGAUGGGAGCUAAGUCGUCGACAACAACAAGACCGCAAUAACGAAUCGAAGUCAAAGGCAAGAAGGUCAUAUGCCGAGGAGACGAGCAGAUUUCUUUCUUCAACGAGUUCUGAGGAGCUUGUUGGAUUCGAGCUGGAAGGACACUUGGCCGCAAACGGAUUUCUGCACUCUGGUGGUGAAAGAGGACCUAAGGACAUUCGGCGUGGAUAG